AUCAAGCAGCAGUGCCCCAUUAGCAAACACCACACAUAACGUCGUCGCCGUCGCCAUCCCAAGCUCGCAGUUUGUUGUUUGUGGGCAAUUAUUACGCGCCAAUCGAUUACGUUUCGGAGGCUCGUCUCGUGCUGGAGAAAAGUUUUCAAAACAAACCGGCGUCGGGCCGGCUGAUGCUGCUGCGGCGAUCGACCGAUCGUGGCCCGAUCAGAGCGAGACGGGUAUAACGAUCGACGAGUAAUGCGGCGCUGGUGGUGUUUGUGUGGUUUCUACCCGCGCGCUUGCUCUACCCAAGCCCAGCUCGAGCCAGUCGGGGGUUUCUCGUUCGUGUGGUAUAAAAGGCACACUUCGGAUCCGAACGGUAUCAGUUCAACUUUGAUCGUUAAACUAUUACUAGCUUGUUGUUCGCGGUGCGUUUCUAUAUUCUAGAAGUGAGACGGCAGUCUGCGGUAGUGAAUGAUUCAGAAGAAGAAAACGAGUUCUCAGCUCAAGUCAGUUUCAAGGAGAAAAUUGUGUUUCAAGUGAAAGGACAAUCGUAACGAAGACGGAAAUCGGAAGCAAUCAUGAUUUCGGAAUUGUUUAAUGCUGUUAAUAAAGCCCGCUUCAGCGGCAUCCGGAUUGUUCCGGCAAAUGCGCCAUCGCUGUACCAGGAGUGUGUUAAAGUGUUUGUUGCCGAGGUGAACCGUACCCAUCAGAACGGAAAACGGAUUUCGGAGUUGCAAUUUUUGCCAACUGCUGCGCUGGUUAACAUAUUUGAAGAAAUGUGCCUCUACCCGAGCUUGCGUAACAUUCUGCGCCAGGAGCUUGCUGAUCCAGCUCUGUUUAUGAGAAUCUUCAACGGUCAUGCUUCGAAUCAGCACAUUUUAGAUCGUUGCUUGCGCGAGGCCAGUCUGAGCGGCAAACCGGUUCUGUCCGACCUCGCAACUAAUUACUGUGAUAUGGCUCGUGGCGACCCACUGGAGCCGGGAUCGCCGGCCUUCAUGAGUCGUAUUCUGGCCACCUUGAAACUCGGUACUUACCUUAACGAAGCUGGUUGGUCCAGUUCUAGCGUCGACGUUAUAGUCAUAGCUAAAGAUAUGAUCUCAUUGAUUAAGGACAAUCGUUUCCACAAGAAACUGGAAAUCGAAUGCAUUCAAAAGUUGUUGCAUUCGGAAAUAAGCUGCGCUCAUCCCAAUGCCAGAAACACCACUGAACUCCUGCAUGAGUUGAUCGCCGAAAGUACUGAUACAGACGAACUAGUCAAAUCCUACAUCGAAAUUUCCUACUUCCACUAUACAGUUGAGGAAUACGAUUCAUGUCACGACUGGAACCUGAAAGUGAUGAGUCUAGUCACAGAUUCCAGCCCCAUCAGCGACGUUAUCGCUGUUCUCCAGUUAGAAGCUUUGUUCUGCUUUGCCAAGGAACGCUACGACCUUGGAAGUAUGCUAAUCUCGCAAGCUAUUCAUCGUGCUCGAUCGAAGUAUGGCAACGUGCACCCGCGCUACGCUGAUGUUAUUCUCACCUACGGCGAGUGCCUGCUGCUCAUGAAUGCCGUUUCCGACGCAGUCUCAACGUUUAUGGAGCUGCUCGAUAUCACCACCAAGCUGUACGGCCAGCACACCCCCACCGUCCCGAUCGUGCAAGGCUACCUGGCGUACGGAUUCUAUCUGCGUUCGCAUUCCACCGGACGGUUCGACAUGGCCCAGGAAAUGAUCGACAAAGCCAUCGCCCAGGCCAAACAACUGAUUCCGACGGGUCAACGAGUGCUCGACGAUCUGAACGCCGUCCGCGACAUGGUGAUCAAGGGCCACGACAGCGUUCGUGCCGCCAUGAAGGAGAACCGCGUCAUCAAGGCCAACAACUAUCAGAUCUUUUCGUUCCCCGAAAUUCGUGACAAGUGCGUUGAACUGCAUGCGUCGUUCGACUGUGAAUGCUGAACAAACUUUGUUACUAGGCUAGAUUAGUGUACCAUAAAGAAUUAAGACAAAUCGAAUUUAUUUGCUUAUGUUAAGCGAUUUCCAUACAAAAGACUUGAACCCCAAUUAGAUCGUAAGUGAAUUUUUAUGUUUUAUCGUUUAAAUAUCCAACACAAUACAAAUUUGUUUUAAUCAAUUAAA